AAACUAGGCCACAGAAUGAAAGUAGGAGAUAUUGAUGGUUUUUUUGUUAUUUUAGGUUAUUGGAUUCGGUAAUUUUUUUUUAAAUGGAAUCAGAAAAUCCCCUCAGAAGGGAUCUGAACGAAAUCAACGAAAUUCUAAAACUUGCAAAAUUGAGGGAGCAAGAUGUAAUGCCCACAGCGCAAACGUUAUUUUUCGCCGACGACAGAAUUUACAACAAUGAAUACCGAUUGCUGGAACUGAAUCCAGAGCUAUUAAAAGCAAUCGAAGAAAAGCAGCCGCUUUGUAUCAAAGGGAGUCAUGAUGAAGAUGUGGUUAUUUGCUCAGAGAAUAUAACUUUUCAUGUUGUGGAAGCAGAAACGUCGAAUAGCUUGCUACUAGUAGAACCUCUUAAGUUCGCUGAAGAAAUUAAGAAAUCCUCAGAGCACUUUGUGCACAAAGUAGAAAUUGCAAGUAUAUUCCACAAUUAUUUGGAAGCCAUUGUCAGUAAACCUUAUUUAAGGAAACUGUACCAGUUGCUUAAUGAAACUGUUUAUAAAGGGCCAGAACGAGAGUAUGAAAUUGAUCAAACCAAGUUGUAUAGUUUGAGUGACUUAAAAGAAGUUAUUCAGGCUUCCAAUAUGGAGCUGCAGCAAGCUAUUGAGUCCAUGGAUACUGUGGUGAUAGAAGGCAAUGUGAGAGUUUUAGACUUUGAAUACCAUUUCCGAGUUCUCUCUUACAUGCUUAAAUUAAUAGACAGUAACUCGUGGCCUCUGGAUCAAAUUGAUUAUGAUGUAACUAUUGAAUCAUUAGCAGAAAUAGUGCCUACAGAAGUUGUUAGCGGUUUGUUUGAGAAAUACACUGAAGCAUCCAGAAAAUUAGACCAUGUUCAGCUCUAUCGUUACAAAGAAGAUAAAGUGUGUCAGUUUUUUGCUAAAGUUUUGUUGCGGGAGGCUGAUGGCUUUAAUUUAAACGAUUUUCUGCAAGCAUGGGGUGAAUCUGUGCCAGAAGGCAUGGUGCCAAAUGAGGAAAUGUUGUAUGGCAUUGCCAUAAUUGAUCGAAAAUCAAAUCCCAACAUUAUUUGGGCCUUGGAAGAAUCUAAUUUGCCAGAGGAUGUUACGGAAAGAUUUAACUAUUUAUUCGAUAUCAAAGAGAAAUGGAGUGUCCCUGAGAUCACCCCAUACAUCAGACGGCUAGCAACUGACAAAAUUGAUGUAAAUGCUUUACUUGCCAAACAUGCUAGAGCGUCCAGAGUAGAUGGAGUUAAGUAUUACUCUGCUAAACAUUUGAAAUAGUAAUAAAUGUAAAAAUAAAAAAAAC